CGGAGACUCCGGCACUAAAACCUGCUCCAGCCCCAAAACCUUCUGCUGACGCUGACAAUAUUAUGGGAUGGAUCGGCCGCAUGUUGCCCCAGCCUGCACACACUCAGGAGCCCGGCGGUGACGAGGUGCAGAAGAUCCGCAUCGUCCAGGAUCAGAUGGCCCUGGUGCUGGAGGACGUUGGACACGACGAGGACAAAGCCAUCGCGCAGAAGGAGGCAAGACAGGAGUCCCAGGACAACGAGAAUCUGAGAGGAGAGGCACAGACCCGGAUCGAUCCAAGCGCUCCUAGGACGGACGUCGAGAAGGAAGCUGGAGAAUCAGUUCCUGCUCACGAGGAAGAAAGACUAAACCAGGAUCCUCUCGAGGCGGCCCGCAACGCGGAGGAGAUGGCCCGGAAGGCCGCGGAGGAGGCCGCGCGACAGCUGGAGGUCCAGCAUUUGGCUAAGAUCGGCACGGAAACGCUGCCAGACUCCAGCGAGCUACUGUCCAACAUCCAGGAGGAGGAGGACGAGGAUGACCCAGAGUUGCAGAGCCUGCAGGACGAGAGUGAAGACAGCAAUAGGAGUCCUGAGGAAAAUAAAAAACUAAAUCAGACCCUGGUGGACAUCGGUCCGGCUGAAGACCAGACCACCAGCACGGCCUUAUCAACAAAUGCCGAGACCCCGUCGGACAGGAGAGACCUGGAGAGUCCGGUCCCCCAAACCAUCACCCAGCAACCACAGCCACAGGCUCCAAUCACCUCCACAGGUUCACAUCAGGUCCAACAGGAGACCGACAGGAAGGAGGAGCUGCAAGGAGGAAGUGAAGAGCCCAACGCAGAAGAAGGCGGAUGUGGAGGGAGGGGUGGGCCAGGUGUGGGUGGAGCUCCGGUGCUGAAGGUGGAGGAUGUGGAUCGGGAAGUGAACAUUCCCCAAAUUAUCACCAGCACCGAACCGGAGAGCGGCCAUGAGAGUGUCCGGCUGUCGACGCUCAGAGCUGCAGAAGAAGAAGCAGAUGUUAAUCUGAAGACCUGGUCCAGUCAGGAAGACCUGCUGACUGCAGACAGCGAGAGGCCUCUGUCUGCAGCCAGCGGCGGCGCCCCGGUCCAGGAGCGUCUGAGCCAGCUGGUCCGGCUGUUUAGAGGCAGAUCAGAGCUCCGGAGAGACCGGCUCGUGGACCCAGAUGAGUCCGAGGAGGAAAGUCCUUCAGCCUCCCCGAGCAAAGCUGCUCCUCCUCCUCCUCCUCCUCCUCCUCCUCCAGACGAGAAGAAGGACGACGCGCCUGCAGAAGGAGGAGGAGAAGAAGAAGAAGAAGAAGAAGAGGAGGAAAAGAAGGAACUCGUCCUCCCCUUUGAAAUUUUAGGACGUCCAGUCGUGUUUCCCAGACCGCCCCAACUGCCCCCGAUGCCCGACUGGCUCCGAGCCGUCGUGGAGUACCGCUUCCCCUCCAGCAUCGACCCUUUCACCGAUCUGAUCUACGUGAUGUGGCUGUUCUGUGUCGUGGCGGCGUGGAACUGGAACGUGUGGUUGAUCCCCGUCCGCUGGGCCUUCCCCUACCAGACCCCCGAAAACCUCCACCUGUGGCUGCUGAUGGACUACACCUGCGACUUCAUCUACAUCCUGGACAUCCUGGUCUUCCAGCCCCGACUGCAGUUCGUCCGCGGAGGAGACAUCGUGUGUGAUAAAAAGGACAUGAGAGACAACUACAUGACCACUGAGAGAUUUAAGAUGGACAUCCUCAGUCUGGUUCCCAUGGAGAUAUUUUACUUCUUCACCGGCGUGAACUCUCUGCUGCGGUUCCCUCGUCUGCUGAAGUACGUGGCCUUCUUCGAGUUCAACGACCGGAUGGAAGCUGUGAUGAAGAAAGCGUACAUCUACAGGGUGAUUCGAACGUCCUCCUACCUGCUGUACUCGCUGCACAUCAACGCCUGUCUCUUCUACUGGGGCUCGGCCUACGAGGGUCUGGGGUCCACCAAGUGGGUCUACAACGGGAAGGGGAACGCUUACAUCCGUUGCUACUACUUUGCGGUGAAGACGCUGAUCACCAUCGGGGGACUCCCCGACCCCUCCACCGUCUUCGAGAUCUGCUUCCAGCUCCUCAACUACUUCGUUGGCGUCUUCGCGUUCUCCAUCAUGAUUGGUCAGAUGCGGGACGUGGUGGGUGCAGCGACCGCCGGGGAGAACUACUACCGCGCCUGCAUGGACAGCACCAUCAAGUACAUGAACAACUACCACAUCCCCCGGGACGUCCAGAACCGCAUCAAGACCUGGUACGACUACACCUGGAAGAGCCAGGGCAUGCUGGAUGAACAGGAGUUGCUGGUGCAACUUCCCACCAAGAUGCGUCUGGACAUGGCCGUGGACGUCAACUACAGCAUCAUCAGCAAGGUCGCCCUGUUCCAGGGCUGUGACAGACAGAUGGUGUUCGACAUGCUGACGAGGCUCAAAUCUGUCGUCUACCUGCCCGGAGACUUCGUCUGUAAAAAGGGGGAGAUCGGCAGGGAGAUGUACAUCAUUAAGCAGGGGGAGGUCCAGGUGGUGGGGGGUCCAGACCUGCAGACGGUGUUUGUCACCAUCAGAGCCGGCUCGGUGUUCGGAGAGAUCAGUUUGCUGGCGGGCGGCGGCGGGAACCGGCGCACCGCCAACGUGAAGGCGCACGGAUUCGCCAACCUCUUCAUCCUGGACAAGAAGGACCUGGCAGAGAUCUUAGUCCACUACCCGGAGUCCCAGAAACUGCUCCGCAAGAAGGCCAAGACGAUGUUGACGAAGGACAAGAAGACGGAUGAGAAGGGCGCGGGUGCCGCGGCGAUGCACGUCCUCCCCCCCAGACCGGACACCCCCGAGAUGUUCAAGGCGGCGCUGAAGGUGGCGCAGCAGAAAAGACUAGAGGGCGUCUUCUCCACCCUGAGGACAAGCUACGAAGCAUCUCAGGCUCCUCCCUCCACUCCUCCGUCUCCGAGGCGACGCAGCUCCUCUCUUCCUCUCUCUCCGGGUCAGGACGAUAAAUCUUGAAUAUUCCGGAGACACGUUGUGGGGAAAGACAUCGGGGGAAAGUCGUGAUAUUUCAGGAAGAACGGCACGAAGAAGUCAAAAUAUUUUAGGAAAAAAAACUCACAUCUCAAGAAACAUGGAAGGGAUGACAGGAGGCUGCAGGAGAAACUCUGCUUCCCAGAAUGCCUUGCAGCCUCCAGAGAACACGUGUGGGUGGAGCUAGAGAGAGAGCCCCAAUGCAUUCUGGUCUCUGGAGUUUCUCCACAUUCGCAAACUUAUAUAUAUAUUUUUCAAUAAUAUUAUAUGAUAAAAUUCAAAAGUUGAAUCCGAUGAGCCACCUCAUUUAGAACGAUGUUGGAGUUUUUUGUGUGUUGCUAUGGUUACUGAUUGAUCUUGAACUCAUAGCCCUGACGUUGCGUGAUGAAGCUCCGUGUGCCGUACCUGGGAUGAGUUGUUGUUGUUAUUGUUGUUGUUAUUAAUGUUACUGAUGCUAAAUGUGUGAAUGUAUAAUUCUUCAUUUUACUGUAAAAUAAUUUGCAUAAAGUCGGUAAAACAA